AUGUCCAAUAACCUCAAUAACUACAACAAUAACUUUGGUAACCAUAGUAUCAACAACUAUAACCAUCACCCAGAGCCGUUGGAUCCUUCCGCUUAUAUAGCAGACCGCACAGACCACACACACCACCCGAUACCUCCAAGGACCAAAGAACGAAAAAGCAGACGUUCACAUAAGAACUCAAGAGACGGCUGUCCCAACUGUAAACAGAAGAGGAUCAAGUGUUCCGAAGAGCUCCCGUCAUGCCUGAACUGUAUCAAAAAGAACUACCAUUGUGGUUACCUUGACUAUCCUAAAGAGAAAUUGGAUGCUCUACGAAGAAAACACGCACAAAUAGCAAGCGAAGAGAUGGAAGAAGGAGCCAGCGAAGGUAUACUGAGCAGCAAUGAACAACCUAUAGUUACAGCAAGUGGUAAAAGGCGACGACCCUCAGCAGCAGUUGCACUUACUACAUCUCAAAAUGUACCAAAUACAAGCUUAAACAAUGGUGGUAAUAGUGUUUUAGGAGACAAGAGCUAUAACAACACAACCAAUGUCACGUCGAAAUUUGAGCCUUUUCACAACUCAGCUCCAGAUACUUUUCCUAAUAAAACAAAACGCAUGAGGUUGGGUCCCGCACUACAGCACUACGAUCUGACAAGUUUGCAAGUGCCACCAAACUUUGCCGAAUCCAACACGCGAGAGUUGUUUCAAGGGUUUCUGACUACAAUAACUCCUCCCACAAGCAACAAAGCUGUUUCGCUAAACUCGUCACCCUUUUCGGAAUCCCCUAACAAUACAAAUGAGUUGUUCAAGAAUUACUCAGCAUCAAAGAUCCCCAAUGUAUCGGAGAAUGACACAACUCCUCCCAAUUUAUUUAUCCCUAUGCAAGAAAGUGAGUGGGACAAAUUACUUAAUGUUCCACUUGAAGAUGUCGAUUUGAACUUGGCUCUUUAUAAGGACGCCAUGAGCAAACUAUCGUCGUCUCAAGGGUUGCACCUACCAGAAACGUUUGGAAACGGAAGAAAGCAGCCGAAAUGGGGCCAAGUUGGAAGACACGGCGUAUCAACCUUGAAUGGUACUGCAAAUGAAGCUAAUAUAGUAGACACAGAUGCUGUUAAAUAUUCAAUCACAAACACAGACCCAAACACGAACACGAACGCAACUACAGACGCAGACGCAGACGCAAACGCAGACGCAAACGCAAACGCAAACACAGACACAGACACAGACACAAAAGCAAAGACUGAUGUACAAGAUUUUGACACCCGCUCCGUUGACAGCUUUGAAAACUCAACAUCGAUUUUCAACCAGCAUUUUGGAAUCAAUAUUUACGAACUAUCUGCUCCAGAAAGACUGGAUUUAUCAAGAAAGAUAGACAUGGACAAAGCAUUGCCCAAUGCUAUAUUGUGCUUAAAGACUUUUCCUACUUUAAAACGUUCUCAAAGUCUUCAUCCAUUAUUUACCAAGGGGUCUUCAAAGUGCAAGUGGACUUACAACUGCCUGAUGCUGCUUUCAAACCCCGACUGGACCCUAGAAGAUGACAAGAAAAUGUGGAUGAGCAAUUUCACCCAAGCAUUGGUGCUCCAUUUCAUUUUCUUUACGUUUUUCAUGGAUAGGUCGUUGAACGUGAUUCUCAAAGUGUGUAACAAAUCAAUUUCUUCGACAAGUAGCACCACGUGCUUUACACCAGAAAUCCAAAAGAUCUUGACAAAGAAAUCAUAUAGCUAUUUUGGCAAUCUCAUUAAAGACUUGCGCGAAUCAAUUGCUGGUGUCGACAUUGAAAGCUCCACCAUUAUUUCGUGGCUUUCUGGGUGGUCUCGGUUUCUGCAUACACAAGCUAGUGCCAAAGCUGUGACUUUGUUCCACGCAGGAUCGGCGUCAUUGUUGUGGAACUGUUUGGAUAGAUAUACUGGCUUUGAAGAGAUUUCACCAACUUUGCAAUUCAUAAUAUUCGCAUUAAGGAACCACACGUCUACGGCUGUUGCUCCCGAUUACAAGUUUGAUGUCAUUGCUGAGUUGCAUACGAAUCUAGUUCAGUUCAAGACAUUUAUCAAUUAUAACCCCGAGUUGACCUCACAAAGAAAUGGGUACAUUAUCAAAAACUUUCUUGCAUUGGAAAGUUUUUUGAAUGAUCUCAUCACUACAUUGUAUCCACGCUUCUUGCAGAUUGAUAAAUAUUUCAAAACCAAAAAUGGCGAUACAGACACGGAGAGCGGGAUACGAUAUUUCUCACCUUCUUUGCUAUACGAGUUCAUCAAUAGGUGGCUCAAACUUAUUCCGAGCUAUUCUCGUUCAAUGGGAAGCGAGAUGUCGCCAUUGAAACGAACAUUUUACCUUUUUUAUGUUGCAACAGCGAAGGCUUUAUCAAAUGUAUUUCCCAUCAUAAGAAGUACGUAUUUGAUUGAUACUUGGAAUGCAAUCUAUCCUCAAGUCGAUUUUAACUAUAAAUUGUUUGCAUAUUCUCGAUCCGAUGUGGCUGACGACAGCCAAUAUCACUAUCUCACGAACUUGUCUGCCAAAUUGCUAAGAAUCAUCAAGUUUUUCAAUACUAGACAGCAAAUAAUUUCGCAUUACAUGUCAUCAACAUCGAUACUCGAAACUGGUGGUCAAUACCUCGAGCUGGUGGCUGCUGAGGGCCCGAUAAUAGACGGUCAGCAGUUUUCCGGUAUCGUUCACUUGAAGCCUGCAAAAAUUGAUUUUAAAGAAAUAAUGAUCACAAACUUUUCCAUCAAUACAAUAGUCAACAUUUACAACUAUCCGCUUUUGAUAAAUUUUGGUGCACACUUGAAUGGCAGGACCGAGGAGUAUCGUAAAAUAAUCGAGCACGAGAAUCACAACCAAAAGGUGAGAAUACACGAGUAUCGGCAAAAGUAUGAAGGGUUGAGCGGGGGAAAUCAACCUUUAUACGAGGACGGCUUUUUCACAAAUAUUAAUCACUCUUAUGAAUUUGACUUUAGCAGGGGCAUGUACUCAUUCGACUACAAAGUGGAACCGGCAGUUAAUUACUUUUAUAAGUACUUGGAAAAAGCCCACGCAGGUAAGCAGUUGUCGUUGAACCAAUUAAAGGACGAGAUCCAGAACUUUGAAGCUGCUCAAAAGGCAUUAUUUGGAAGCAUGGAUGAACCAAAUGGGGUUUAA